AUGCCCUUGAUAUCAAACCUCCUCCGCGAACACACAGUCGCGACCGCAGCCGUCGCUGUGCUCGUGACCUUUGCGCUUCUCCUGCUCCGCCUUGUGCGCGCCUCUAGCACCAGUGGACGGCAAUGCACGCUCCCCGGCCCUAAACCGUGGCCGCUCCUCGGCAAUGUACGCGGGUUGGACGUGCGCGAGCCUUGGAAGGGCUACAAGCGGUGGAGCGAGACGUACGGCCCGAUCUUCCGCACGCGUUUCGUCGGGUAUGACAUCGUCGUCAUCAGCGACGAGCGCAUCGCGCGCGAGCUCCUCGACCGCCGCUCGGGCAAGUACUCGUCCAGGACGUUGUUCCCCACCGGCGAGGCGUACGGCUUCGGGCGGUACACACCCCUGCUCGAGUACACCGACACGUGGCGACACCACCGGCGCGUCAUGCACCAGCACCUCCGCGUCGACACGGUGCGCAACUACCGGCCCAUGCAGCUCCACAAGGUGCGGCAGCUGCUCGAGAACGUGCUCGCGAGCCCCGACAACUACAGGGAGCAUCUCCAAACGUUCGCAGCGUCGGUCAUCAUGGCCACCCUGUACGGAUACCAGGCGCACGCCGUCAAGGACCCGCUCGUGGCAAGGGUGAACCACUUGCUCGAGGUCGCUAUCCGUGUCGGCUCGCCCGGGGUCGCGAUCCUCGUCGGGUUCUUCCCCUUUUUCAAGUACAUUCCCAUCUGGUUCCCGGGCGGAAGCUUGAACGCAGCGGCGUGCAGACAGAGUAACGAUGAACUGGUUUCAGAGCCGUUCAAGUACCUGGAAGAGACUAUCGAACCCGACUCCUCGGUACCGAGCAUGGGAUACGAGGGCCUGUGUAAUGCGAAGAAGGACCAGGACAGCGAAACUCAAGUCGCACUCAUCCAAGACAUAUGCGGCACUGCAUUUAGCGAGACAACCGUUUCCUCGCUCAUAGUCUUCGUCCUAGCAAUGGUGCUCUACCCGGACGUGCAAGAGCGCGCGUACUCGGAGAUCGCGCGCGUGUGCGGCACGGACCGCCUUCCUACGUUCGAGGACCGGCCCGAGCUGCCAUACAUUGACGCCAUCGUCCGCGAGACGCAGCGGUGGGGGCCCGUCGUCCCUAUGGGCAAUCCCCACACGACUAGCGAGGACGACGUAUACGAGGGCGAGUUCAUCCCCAAAGGCACGGUAGUCAUAGUCAACGUCUGGGCGAUCUGCAGCGACCCCGCCCGCUUCCCCUCCCCCUCCGAAUUCCGCCCUGAACGCUUCCUCUCCGCCGACGGCAAGUCGCUCGCAGAUGACACAGACCUCAGCGUGGACCUCGUCUUUGGCUUCGGCCGGCGCGUAUGCCCCGGCAAGCACCUCGCCGAGGGGUCGCUCUGGCCUGCGAUUGCGGCGAUGCUUGCUGUGUUCCGGUUCGAGAAAGCGGGCGAGUUUACGCCGGAGUGGUUAAGUGGGUCUACGUCGUGUCCGCGCCCGUUCCCGUGUAGGAUCGUUCCGAGGGAUCCAAAGAUGGAUGCGAGUCGGCUGGCACAGAUGUAG